GGGUGCCACUUUGCCUGCGAGCUGACUAGAGAGAGGAGCUUAACUGCUUGGCUCUCUGCAAGUCACAGGCAUGGCUGCUUUCUGGGGAAUGAUCUUCCUCAGCAUGGCGGAUGAUAGUAUCUUCUACCCCAUCCUUUGGAUCAUGCUGAUCAUAUCAUUAUUUGUAUCUGUUAUGGCCUUGUGGAAGUGGAAGAAAGAGAGACAGAGGAAGUGCCAACACAGAGGUAACCAUGAAAAUUCUAGAGUUUGGGACUUCCGCACGUCUUCACAGCACUUGAGGAUGCACUCCUCAGUGCCCAGGAAAAUGGAUAAGAACUGUGAAAUACUCGACCAGUUCAACAGACGUCUUCAGGCCUUGACCAGAUGCAUGGCGAUGCUCACCUUGGAACUGCCUGAGGGCAGCGAUGAUUCCACCAGCUCGGUCACAGUGAGUGAAAACCGCUGCUCUUUGAGGACAUCGCUGUAUCCGUUGAGCACCAGUUGUGGGGAAAUGGAGGCACCUUACCGACACCCAAAAGCCCAGGAGAACUUGGAAAGCUCCAUCCCAGAAAGGAAAGCGGAGCAGGGACUGGGCCUCAGUGAUCAGAGAAAGCCUGAUGUGAUGGUGGCUCCCACGGUGCAGGACCUGCCCUUAGAGGAUGAAGCUAUGCAAAGUCAUUUGGAGCAUCCUAACAUAAAAAUGCAGGCACCACAGUUCCUGAAGAGGAGUUUCUCAGAGCCCUGUCCUGGGUCAGAGAGACUCCCAGCUUCCCCAUCCUCUGAGGCACUCAAGGAGGCCCACUUACUCGCUCAUUCCAGCGUGGGCAUGGGCAAGCUCUGGCAAGGAGGUCAGCAGCAUGGGCCCUUGUCCCACGGCGAAAAUCUGCCCCCGAGACAGAUACGUGCAGACAAGAAACAAGGAUUCCAGUCCACAUUGCCUGCUGCAGAAUCUAUGAAGGCCCUGAUGACCAUCAGAUCAAGAUGA